AUGAGUUCAGAACCUGGCCCAUCUACUGUCCAUCCAACCGAUGACAAAGGCAAGAGAAAGCGGGCCGAGUCCCCCUUUGGAGACCUAAGGUCUAAGAAGUCCCGGGAUAUGAAAAUUCCUCAGAGGCAAUCAGCUAGGAUCAAUUCACUCAAAGUAAGACGAGUUGCUGCUGUGAUAAUACCGCAUAUUCACCCCGAGAAGCAGGAAGGGAAUCGUCCUCUAGAUCUUGAGGACACAUUACCCAGGGAAACCUCAUCUCAAUAUCCACAGAUCCCUGUGGAGUCUCCUGGUGUGAGGAAGCCACCAUGGCCCAUUGAAGCAAGUGCGGCGAUUCAUCCUGAUCACACAUUCGAUAACCUUGGCAACUUCAGGAAGUUCCUACGUGACUCCCGUGAUGAGGCAGAGCUUGCCGUGUAUCUUGGACUUCAGCACAAACACGACCUCAGACAUUUCGCUUUGUCCUGGCCUAUUAUCAAGACUUGGAUCAGGGCACCGCAUAAGCAGACCAUGUCACUUCAAGUUGAGAUAAAUCAUCUUAUCCAGGAUGGCAAAGAAUUAUCCUGUAUCGAAAAUCCUUACGAAAUUUGGCCUCAAUGCCCCGGGGAGUCUGAGGAAAACGCUUCUUUGAGAAUAACACACAUCAUGGCAUGGCAUCUAGUGCAGAUGUCCAAGGACAUAGAGGAGUAUACCAUGUCCAGUGAUGUGCAUAAUUUCCACCGCACAAGGAGAUAUCGCGGUGAACUAAGCGCGAUAUUGGAGCUUGAUAUCCCGCUGGACAACAUUUCCCAUCCUCGUCCCCAGCUUAUAUCUUGGAGGAACGAGAUGAACGACAGAUUUGAUCGCUGCUGGACAAUCUUGGGUUAUAUCUCAUGGAUCCCCUAUAUGGAGUCCUGGGAAAAGGCCCUUCAAUUCUUCGUCUCUUCGGAAAAUAAGGCUAUCGUAUACGACAGCGGGAUGUCGACAGGGACCAGACCAAGACCCAACCAUCUUAGGCUCGCUCAGCAAUGCUCCUCGUUAUCCCUGGACGAAAGUACCAAAGCCCUUGCCCCAAUUCAGGUAAAGGUAACCUGGGACAGGAACCGAAACACACACGGAAACAUGAAUCUGUGCCGGGUCCUCGCAGGCAUCGCACAUGAAGGGAAAGUGCUCCCUCCAACGGAUCUUAUGAUGACACAAGACCCUCGAUUAUGCAGGACGGGUGCAUCGUUCCGGGACAUCAUUCGACAUAUGAUGUCUUGUGGAGGUUAUGGAUUGAACUUGUGUGAUAUGACCUUGUCGUAUCGAGCGGAGACAGAUAAUUGCUAUUAUCAGAUUGACGCGUUCCGAUCCCAGUGGAAAGUACUGCAGGGGAUAUUUUCAGACUCUGCUAACUCGAACUUUGUGAUUCGGGUGCUUUUGGAUGUUCAUGAUUACCGGAAUGGGGAGAUCUAUGAAACGACUGAACUACCACCGGUGUAUUGA